AUGGACCUUUUCCCAUAUGAGAGAACUCUCCCUACUAAGGGUGGUGCGCGCGUGGAAAAUCCUUUCAGUGCGCGGAAAAUUCGUGCCGUGUCCACCCCAAAGAUGUCGUCUGCUCAUUUAAAGGCCGUGGAAGUCCCGGAAAAUCGUUUCGGGGACGCGAUCGACCACUUGAAAUGGAAUUUCUUCUCCGACGAACCUCUGAACCACGCGGUGGGUCUCUGUGAGAAAGGGGAGAACCAGUUUGAGCUUUCGAGACACUGUCUGCUCACUUUAAAGCAGGGAUACUCGAGGAUGUUGGUGGAUGAAAAUGGGAUGAUAGCAGGCAUGGCCUUGAAUGGCAUCCUGAAGAUUGGUGAACGGGAGGAGGCUGAACGUCGGCUCGUUGAGCUGAACGAUGAGAAAUUCAAAACAAUCUUCGGGCUUCUCUACAAGGUCAACGCGAAGGUCGAUCUCUUCGCCAAAUACAAUGUCGACGAGUUGUUCGAGUGCCGAAUCCUCAGCGUCGAUGAAAACUUCCGUGGAAGGGGUCUGGCGAACGUUCUGAUGGCGGACAGUAUAGAAACUGCGAGAAACGCUGGCUUCAAGGUGUUCAAGGCGGAUGCCACCGGGAUGUUUUCCCAAAAGGUGUGCUCGAAACACGGUUUCCAGGUGGAGGCGGAGAUUCCGUACACGGAACUCGACGAGUCUAUCCGACCAGCUCCGCCCCAUGAAUCUCUAAAGCUGAUGGUAAAGAUAUUGAAUUAAAAGAGACAGAACAAAAACAGGAGAUUCAACAUUAUUUUGAGAAAUAUUCGAUGAUCAGAAAAGAUCUUACGGAUGAACAAGUAGAAUAUAAAAUUAUAUGUAUCGUUG